AUGGACGGAAUGUCCAUCUUAAACUUGUCUUUCCUCUCUCCCGAUCAAAACGGUAUCAUCUCGGAUGUGGCUACUCAAUUGAGGGACUUAAAAGCUUCUUUGGAGAGAUUCACUCCGAUCAAUUUGGAAAAUGACGUUUUUCAUUGGAAACUUAAUCCCUCCGGUGUUUUCUCGGUUGCAAGUGUGACUAGUUUGGUUUCUAAUGCUAAAGACAAUGCUUGGCCAAUCCAUACUAUCAAGUUGUUGGAAAAAAUGUGGAAGUCUAAGGUUCCGAAAAAGGUUCAUAUUUUUUCUUGGAGAUUCUUUAUUGAUCGCCUUCCUUUUAAAGAUCUCUUGCUUCAUAGGGGGGUUUCUAAUUUCACCUCUCUCGAUUGUGUCCUUUGUUCUAACCACCCGGAAUCUUCGCUUCAUCUCUUCUUUCAUUGCAAUGUUUCGAAAGCGGUGUGGGGGAAAGUCUACAACUGGUUGGGUGAAGAUGUGGAGUUUAAUUUGGACGAGUUCAAAAGCUUCGGUAGCAUACAAGAGAAGGUGAAGAACCACAAUAUCAGAAUUAAAUUAAAGUCUAUUUGGUUAGCUAUUAUUUGGUGCAUUUGGUUGAUGAGAAAUGCUAUCAUCUUUGAGAAUGCUUCUUUUAGCUUCGAAACGGUAAUCUCCAACAUUAUGUUUUUCUCUUGGAGAUGGUUAGGUGGUAGUGAUCCUAUUUUUAGGACCCAUUUUUAUGAUUGGUAUAAAUUACCUCUAAACUGUUUCAACUCUCUUUAG